GAUGACGUUCCAUUUUACGCGUUCAUCGUUUUACGUCUUUUUGUCAUUCGUGCAGUUUUGCUCGUCACUUUUUGAAAGCGCAUAAGAGAGAACACUGAAAAAUUAUUUGCGUGUUUUGGUGAAAAAAAAAUAUUACAAAAGAAACUUAAAGUGUUUUUAGUGGACAAGUUCAUUUACAUAGCGAAAAAGUAAUAAAGCGCCGCAAAGCUUUGAAUUCAAAAAAAAGAACUGAAAUUUCGAAGAAUUUUAAAUUAAUAUAUAAUAAAAGAAAGAACUUUUUCUUAACAAUUUUGCAACAAGUUUGAAGUGUUUGGCAACAACAAGCAGCAACUACAACAAGGCAGCCGCUAAAUAUGGUUUAUUUUAGUCCGCGUGGCAUGCAACCGUGUAGUCCAUCGGGCGUUAUUGCAGUGAUGCCGCCAUCGAAGAGUCCCACCAUGGAAACGGCCGCCGGACAGCAAGCCAAUGCUCACCUCAGUGACAGCAGCGUCGCCGAUAAGGAACAAGGCGCGGAACAACAGCGAGCCGCAACGCCUGUCAGCAGCAACAAUACCACGAACGCAACAAACACCAGCACGAAUCUGCCUAAUGCACGCGCUUGUCCGCUCAAAUUUUCCAUUGCGAAAAUUAUGGAGCCCGAUCAACGCGCCAACUGUGAAAGUAUAAAUGCGCACGAAGAUUCCGAACGCUCGUGCAGUCCCAUUGAGGUUGCCAGCGAUGAGUGUGACUUAGAGCGCGCCGAAUUGCAAUUAUCAAGCGCUAGCAGCCAGCAAUGCGCAAAUGCUGAGAACUAUGAUUCCGCUUUCAAAAAGUAUGUGCCAUCUUCCGCCACUUCUGCCGCGGCUGCUGCUGCGGCCGUCGCCGCCAACACUGUGAACAAUGUUGCCGCUGUGCAGCAGUUUGUUAAUACGCGCCAUCAGGAAUUAAUGUCACAAUAUCCGCUGCUAUAUUAUGCGCCCAAUCAGUUGAUGUGCGCCGCCGCUGCCGCGCAAUAUGCAGCGCUCACUGCCGCUCAGCAACAGACUUUACUUGGCAAUCCGGGUGCUGCCGCGCAUUUGAGCAGCUUCACCGCGUCGCUUAACAAUUUCCACACACAAUCACUGCGGCGUAAUCUCAGCGCUUCUGGCCAUCAUUUAGCUGCCGCUGCAGCAGCAGCAGCUGCCGCGCAGGCACAGGCGCAUCAUGCACACCAUCAGGCGCUUGCCAGCGCACACCCGCAGCUGCAACAGACGUUGGAAAAACAUCAGCAACAACAUCAACAGCAUAAAAUGCACGAUAGCGCUUCUGGCGUAUAUCAUAGUAUGAAACGCAAACAUAACGCGAGCGCUGCAGCUGCCACGGCCGCCGCGCAAACCGCCACGUCGAUUCAUGAGCACAACUCAUCGCGCGCUUCCUCACCAGCCUCACGUCAUCUACGUUCGCCGUCACCCAACUCAAUGGAUGACAGUCCUGGCUCUACAUCGGGCAAGCAGAAGACAUUCUCAUGCCUGGAAUGCGGCAAGGUCUUCAAUGCGCACUACAAUCUUACGCGUCACAUGCCAGUGCACACAGGCGCGCGUCCAUUUGUUUGCAAGGUUUGCGGUAAAGGCUUUCGUCAGGCUUCAACGCUUUGUCGCCACAAAAUCAUACACACCUCCGAGAAGCCGCACAAGUGUCAGACCUGUGGCAAAGCCUUCAAUCGCUCCUCUACGCUAAACACGCACACACGUAUUCACGCCGGUUACAAGCCAUUCGUAUGCGAAUAUUGCGGCAAAGGUUUCCACCAGAAGGGCAACUACAAGAAUCACAAGCUCACGCAUAGCGGCGAAAAGGCGUACAAAUGCAAUAUCUGCAACAAGGCUUUCCACCAAAUCUACAAUCUCACCUUUCACAUGCACACACACAAUGACAAAAAACCGUACACGUGUAAGGUGUGCGCCAAAGGCUUCUGUCGUAACUUCGACCUGAAGAAGCAUAUGCGCAAGUUGCAUGAGUUGGGCGGUAGCGAUCUGCUCGACGAGGACUCGCCACCAAGCUAUGAACGCCGACGCGAGUAUACGCGUCGUGAAUAUACGCGUCGCGAAGCGCAUCUCGGCUACCACGCGCACUUACCGCACGGCAGCCAAUUGACGCCCGACUCCUCUGCUGGCAGCUUAUCGCCGCCGAUCAAUGUCACUACACCGCCACUCUCCAGCGGUGGUGGCGGUGACAGCAGCAAUCCCGCUUGGCAUACGCCGCAAUACCAAACGCUAACCAACGCACACCAGUCAGCAGCUGUGAAUGCAACAACGGCUGCCAGCGCCUAUGCGCCGCAUCACCUUUUACCUCAGGUGGCCGGCAGUAGCUUUCGUGCAACCGCCGAAUACUCCAGCAGCUCCGCAUUCAUUCAACUAGCCAGCGCAACUUCCACGAGCGCCUCCACCAGUGCCGCACAAAUGUUAUCGGUUCGCCAGCACCAACAACAACAGCAGGCGCAUCAGCAAGGCCAACAUCAUCACCAGCACAACCACAACCAAAGUCCGAUGCAUCAUCAUCAUCAGCGUCUGUCGGCAGCUGCUGCCGUCUCUGCGAUGGAUCAGGUGCCCUUCAUAGCGAAAGUAUUUUGACAGCGUUACUAUGCGGACAGUUUGGCCACAACGACAACACAGCAUGCCGCUAGCACACUGACCGCUUCCUCGAAGAGCAUACUCAUCGACUGACUGCAGUUCGUGGCGGCCGCUGCGGCAGCGUCGGCAACAGCAACAGCAACAGCGACGGCGACAGCGUCAUCAACAGCUAGCUCGAACUUGAUCACAGCACCGUCUUCAACACCCACUGAAUUCGAUCUGGAUGAUGAACUUCUGGUGGACGCUGUGGAUGAAGAUGAGCCGCCAGCUACUUACCCUCCCGGCUGUGGAUCAGCUGACGGAGCAAUGCGCUUCGCAUCGCACGACAUUGGGCAGUGCCGUCGAGGCGCUAAAUAGUCUACUCUAAAGCGUGCCUCCGAAAUGCUGGUUUCAACAAAAUGGUUUCAUGGUUGCGACAAGCGGCCGCUAUUUACCAAAAUUGAUCACCAAUUAGUCAAAAGUGUGCAAUAAGCGUUAUAAAUCCGUGAAGCUUUGAAAAAACUUAAAUAUUCGAAAUAUUUCCACAGCUUUAACGGUACAAUUACUCCUACAUUGCACUCUCCAGCACCUUGCCACAUGGCUCUCCAGUGAUUUACCGUGAUUUUUUUUAGCAUGUUUCGUGUAAAGGGAUAUGUGCGCAUUCUCAACUUAUUUAGAAUGAAAAUAUAGCUUAUGAGGUAUUCACGUUGUAAAUAAAAGCGGCCAUAUGUGAUAUACCCAACUUGUAAAUACGAAUGUUCUUGUAAAUAUGUUUGUUGCGCCAUUCUUGUUCUUUAAUAAAAUGGUUGAAAAUAUAUACAGUUAGUGGUUUCUUUGUAUAUAUGUAUGUGUGUGAAAUACACAUAUACAUAUGUAAAAUUAUAUGUAUGUGUUUAGUUCUAAGUAUUUCAAUGUGAAAUUCCACCUCUACACACAUAUAUACACAGCCUUUUGCGCCCACAAACAGUUCAAUUUUAGGUGUAGUAGUAUUAGUAAAAUUGUAAUUUAUGUUCUAGUUAUAAAUAAUU